CAAAAGUGCCACAUGACCUGUCAAGUAGGAAGUAGCGAGGCAGCGAGCAGCAAGCAACAGCAGUAGCGACCAGAAACGCAAGAAGACGGCAAGGAAGCUGUGAAAUCUCUGGAGUCUCAUUCUCAACGUUUUUCAGCACACAUUUGUAUCUUCUCGGAGUAUAAAGAGGAUUAAACCGGCCGCAGUCAUGUACCUGAAGGUGGUGUUUUUCACUGUAGUCGUGGCUCUGAUUGGCGCAGCAGCCGCAGAUGACUGUCCCUCCCUGUCCUGUGCUCUGUGUGGAAGCAGUAGCAGUGAGUGCCAGUGGGUCAACUGCACAACAACACCAAUUGUUGGCUGUCGCAACAUGACUCUUCUGACAAAAAACGAGACCUGCUCUAAUGCUACAUGCUCAGCUGUUACCUCGCCAACCCCUCCUCCCACUCCAGCCCUUCCUCCCACUUCAGCCCCCCCUCCCCCUGUUGUCACCACCGCCUCCUCUAACGGCAGCACCCCUGAGCCAAUCACAGCCAAUACCACCGGUGUUCCCCCUGUCAUCACGACUCAUAGUGGAAACAUCUCCACCACGGCUUCCUCCUCUAAUACAACUGGCAUCACCCCGGCCACCACUAAGGUCGCCCCCUCUCCUGCGCCUCACGAUAACACCUUCGACGCUGCGAGCUUCAUCGGUGGAAUAGUGCUGGUCCUGGGUCUGCAGGCCGUCAUCUUCUUCCUCUACAAGUUCUGCAAGUCCAAGGACCGCAACUACCACACCCUUUGAAGCAGCCGCUCGGUUUGAUCCACGUCACAUGACCAAUCCCCAUCACUAACCAGAACCUUCCAGAGAGGACUCCCCACUCGGCACGCACUCCUCACGGGGAACUCAAACAGUGUUUUCUAGCAGGUUUUUUCUAGAUCUUUGUGCCACUUUUGAUAUAGGCCUGCAUUAGCUCUGCUGUUAUAGUAUGUAUCAAGGCACACACACCAAGGCCUGUAUGUAUUAUUUUAACUAUACAACGCUGAAGAAAUAUGGAUUUUUGAGCCUCAUUCAUCGGGUGGUUACUCCCACCUCCAUCAUGCCAUUAGUCAUUCUGUGCACGCCAUUUCCCAACAGAGUGAGGCGGUUCAUGUUAUUCUCUCAAGUAAACAAGAGAGAAUUAGUCAUGUACACAGUGUAGCUUUCCUUUUUUGUAAGACGGCUGCAAACUGCUAGUAUUAUCAUCCUUUUUUUGGAUUUGGAAACACUGUUUGAGUUCACAGCUAUUCUUAAGCGUGACGACUGUGAUGAUUCAGUAUUGCUUUUAACCUGUUGAAUCGUAGGCAGGUUCCCUCUUCCCCCGAGCUGUAUUAUGUGUUUGUAGAUGAUGUCAAAGUGGUGGGGGUUACGCACGAGGGAAUAAAAGCAAUACUAAAUUAUCUGAUGUCAGACCAAAAAAACUAAUGGUGAUCCCUCUGGUCAAAAGUCUUAUUCUGGGUGUCUCCUUUGGCUUUUAGGAGUGCUGUGUGUCUUCUGCUGUUGAGGUCCCUAAGGGAAAACGUUCCCUAUAAUAGUUGUAAAAAAACUACAAAAAUCAACUGCCACUAGAGCAGCUCAAUGCAAUAAAUCCUGUAAGUCAAUUUCCCAUCCUUUAAUCUCCCAACUGUUAUUUCUGAACUUCACCGACAUCAAAACGUACCCACUCUAACGUCAGCUGGCCUUUUGCCCCCGCUUCUUUGGGGAAGUCAAAGAGGGCCCGUGGGUCAUAAUGAAAGAUUGUAGAAUAUUUCAGAAAUAGAAAUAAAUAUUUUGUUUUAGAUAAUGUGUAAUAUAGAGAACAGGGAGAUAAGGAAAAUGGCAUGCACCUUCUUGAUGUGGACAGUGAUAGCAGUGAAGUGCCUUUAAUGUCCUGGGAGACUUAAAGAUAGCGGUGGAAGAGUGUGAGUCUUUUCUUCUUGUUUGAGGCCCAAGUGUUAUCAUUAGUUUCUUUAAAGAAAGAAACGGUAUCGCUGUGCUGAUAUUGGUGAGAACUGUAGUAUCCCAGCUGGACUGAAGAGCCUUUAUUGUGAAGUAUACAAUAGAUAGUUGCCAUUUGAGGGCCUUGAUCAGUCCAGCUUGAAGUUUUUUCCCUAUAAGUAGAAGACUAUAUUCAGUACAAGAAUAUAUCGUCCUCUCACUGGUGACUGUGUAAAUGGAAAGGCUCUCUCCCUUUAGUAGUGCCCAACACUGCUCCCAAAUGUCCUCCCUCCUCACUAUGUAUUCCUCAAUUGUGUUAAAUUUCGAAGCAUGAACAGUGACCUGGCAGGAAAUGUGGGACCGCUGUUCGGUGAUAUAAAUCAGGGAAUGUUCUUUAAACAAAAGGCAAGAAUAUUGGGCUUAGUUUAAUAAACUUGAGUAUUGCGGAGAGUGCAUUGAGGUAAAAAUGUUGGACUGUUUGAGUGCUUGUUUGGUCAAAUGAGCAUCGCACCUCUGAUUUCUGACUGUGCCGUGUAAAUGCGAGGAUUGUGAAUGAAGUGCAGAACUGCAGCAACAGAGCUCCAUGCUAGAGCUCAUGCUCUCUUACUAGCUUGCUGCUAACUGUGUGAUUUAAUUUGUUCCCUUUUUGUCCCUCCUGUACAUAGCCAUGUCCUGUUUUUGUUCAUCUUCAACUUAAGGAAAGGCUAAAUGAAGGAGUGUUUAUCAGUACAUCUUUGCUCGUAGCGGCUUGUUGGUGUCAAGAAUGUUCUUUUUUUCCCUUUAUUGCAUGCUGAAUGCUAGGAGUUGUGAUUUGUCCUCCCAUUGCAUAUGCUCUUAGGGAUUUAGACACUUAAAAACCACUUGAUUAUUUGUGAUUAGUCCAUAUGCUAGUUGAAAGAAUGCCUUGAAAACUUGUGCAUUGAGCCAAAGUCCUCAGUUUUGGCAUGGAAAUUGAGCAUUGCACUGACGAGCUUUGUUUUGUAAGUUUCUCUUUGUAAAUGUUUUCAUGGUUCAGCCAAUAACAAAAAAAUCUGAUGCUUGUAUAAAUACUCGGUCUUGAAUAUUAACUAGAUAAUGGAUGAAUAAUCACAUUGUUUUGUCAUCACAAACUGUAAUAAAUCCAUGUUUCUUUUCUUCUUUUGGCUUUUAUAAUUUAGGUUCACAUGUUUCCUGCUGCUCACCAUUAAUACGCCUUUUUAACACAGUCACCUGGUGGCAUUAGGCUGCAGCCCAAAGACCCAACUGCAGCGAGAAGGCUCCAGAGUUUUGCCUUAGCUGCACCCAUUUGUCCAUUUGCUGCUUUUGUAGAGCCUUCGCCUAAAUUUAGAGGAAUAUUUUAGUUUUAUUCACAGCUGUUGCCUGCUGUGUGAAUCCAGCCUCUGCUUUCGACAUGGUAGCUGCAUUCCUUAAGAACACAGCAUCACAUGUUGACCUCAAAACACAAUAGAUGUCCAUUGUGUCGACUCUCCGAAGCUUCUCCUACUUACUCAGUCCGUGCACCUCUUAAAGAAAAGUGCCUUAUUCAGUUAAUACCCAUAUAAAGUUGUAGUUUGUAAAAAAGAAAUGAUAUGCCACACCUAUUAAAUGAUUGGGACUCAGCACUUUCAGACCCCUGUGAAGUGGUUUUCUGUGAUGUAUUCUGCCUAAACGUUUGUUUUGUCAUGCUCAGCCUUAACUUCUAGAUCACACCCACAGAGCAUUUACUAUUGAUGAGAUGAGCAGGCACAAACCAGGCUGCUUAUAUUUGAAAAGUCUGUUUGUUGGAUGUAUUUUGUACUUUAAAGGCUGGCAUUUAAGUGUCUACAAAUCAACCAAUCACACAAUAGAAUUAUAGAUGUUUAAAUGCAGCUAAUGGAUGAUAUCGUUUUCAACUAAAAGAAGCCUGGUUUUAGCGUGGACAACUUCUCACCAGCACAUUGUAACUAAAUAGCUGCAACAUUUUUCUCCAUAAUGCAAACAUGAUGACUUGAAGUCCACUUUGGUUGUAAUUUUCAAUUGUUUUAUUGAAUUACUUGUUUUCUGUUCAGUAGGAUUUUAAAUGUGCUUGGUCAUGGAGGGCUCUCCUCGGUUUUCAGCCUGGCAGUGUCAAUGAGCAACGAGUUAAAAGCUUUUUGAUUCCCUCAUUUGCUUUUGUGGCUUUAUUUCUUUCUGCACACACUGUAGUGCCAUACCUUUUUGUGUUAGAGGCCGGCUUGAAGAUACGAUAUUUUGUUCCUCCCACCCCUCUUUGACAGCCAUAUGUAGACACUUGCAGGUGCCACAAAGCCUCUUGAAAUGUUGUUUUGCUUAUUUUGAGCUACUUUUUCCCAUCUUUUACAAACCUUUUGUUUUUUAUUUUGUGCCUUGUUUUCAAGUGUUGCCUUUUAGUUUCACGAUGUAAAGCCAAUAAAGUUUGAAUAUUGUUAAAACAAA